AUGAGUUCCAUGCUUGUUUGCUAUGGCGAGAAAAGCGAUGAAAGUAAAUUGAAUAAAUCGUUUGGAUUGACAAUUUUGAGCCUAUUGGAGAUUGAGGGAUUUCGGAUCAGGCAAUUGAAAAUAUGGUGUGCUGAUAAGGGGAUUGAAUUGCCUGAGGAUGUGUGGGAUUGUUGUGUGGAUGGCUUACAGCAGUUGAGUUUGAUAAAAUUUAUCAUAUGUUUGCAUUUUUCUAAUAAACAACUUGAGACUCAUAGAGAAGAUAUAUUUAAGCAGAAACAACUUCUCUGGGCAGACAUUGGGAUAGAAUCGUUGAAAUUUGAUGAUCUUUAUAAUCUAGAUGGAGAUUUAGAACAUAAUUUUGGUGACCCGCUAUCAAAAUACGCAUUAGAACUUUAUACCACUAACCUUUUUUUAAGAUGCAGUAUGAUGUACCAUAUCAAAGAUUUUGUACAGCACUGUUGUGCAACAAAAACAAAGAUGGAGUCGUUGGAAAAUAGAAUUGAGACAUUCCCUGAACUAUUUGCUAAGGGAGUAGAAUCCGUUGUUAAGAUUCCUUGGAAGUUUCCGACGCCUUUUUUGAAAAAAGUAACCAAAGAACAAACUCUUGACUCUAAGAUAUCUAUAUGUUUCUCAAAAGUGAUGUUAAAAGAUGCCUCAAAAUUAUACAGAAAUGUUGAUCCUGAAGAUGUUGGUCUUGGAUAUGUGAAAGUGGAUCUGAAGUGGCUAGAAAGCUCCAAUACAUAUGUGUUAUCUAAACUUGAAGAUGAGACAAGUCAGACUUCAUUGGCUCUAGAGGAAAUUAAACAGAGACAAAUUGAGCGUCAAAGAAUAUUUGAAGAUGAUCUGGAAUUUAUGACCCCAAAAGCUGAUUUAGAGGUGUUCCGUUUGUUUCAAAAAGAUGAGAUAGAAGUUGAUGAUACGGAUACGCAUACAGAAUUAAAGGACAAGGCUGAAAAGCCGGAAACUUAUAUUGAAGAAACAACACUAGGAGAGCCACUGAUUGUUGGGCGAGAAGUUGUAGCAGAAAAUAGUGAUGUAUUAGAAAUGGAAAGUUGUGUCCCACAAACUAUUCAAACCAAUCAGCAAAUGAACCCAAAAAGAGAAUUACAGUUGAAACAACAGGAGCACCAGCAGCACCAGCAGCACCAGCAGCAACAAGUAAAAAGUAACCCUAUUAAGCCAGUCUUUGAACCGCCUUUAAGUCAUAUAAAAGUUGAACAUGACUUUCAGAAAGAAAAUUUUGCUAUGAAUUCUGUUGAAACUGAUACUUUACACGUUAACUCUGAAUUUCAUGAGAAGAUUGUCACCGGUAUGGACCAUGUAAGUCCCUUGAGAACUUCCAACAAUGAUGUUAUGGAUAUGGUUCCUAUAGAUUUUGCAAUGGUUUCGAGCUUCAAUCAUCUAAUGUUUGUUCCCAAGCUUGAUGAUGUAAACGAAGCAGAUUGCAUAAUCAAAAUAGAGGUACGUAAAAGUGCGAGCCUCUCGAGUCCUCAAGAAUAUAUACCUUUUUCUCAGAGAUUGUCUCGUCUCUGCUGGUUUUUGAAAAAGAAUAAAACUGAAAAGAGUACUGACACUUUCAUGUUAAAUAAAGGACAAUUCAGCAACUUUCAAGAUAUGACCUUGCCUCCCCUCGAGAGUAAAGUUACAUUUAGGAAAUUUCUCAGAGCCAAAAUACGUCAAAUUAAGGAAGAUAUAUUGUAUUACAAAAAUGUCGCCAUCUAUUGUAUGGAUGAUAUAAAAAAUUACACUCCAGAAGAACAAGAGUAUACGGCAUGA